AUGGUGGCAGAUGAUGAUGAGAAGAAAGAUAUGUGUCCGAUCUGUAAGACAGAUCGGUAUCUGUCGCCCGAUAUGAAGUUUUUGGUGAAUCCAGAGUGUUAUCACAAGAUUUGCGAGUCCUGCGUGGACCGUAUAUUCAGUUUGGGGCCCGCUCAGUGUCCAUAUGAGGGCUGUGACAAAAUUCUGAGAAAGAACAAGUUCAAGACGCAGGUUUUCGACGAUGUGAACGUGGAGAAAGAGGUAGACAUCAGGAAAAGGGUCUUUAACGUCUUCAACAAGACAAUCGACGAUUUUGACGGAGAUCUGCCGGCGUACAAUAAGUAUCUCGAGGAGGUAGAGGACAUCGUUUACAAUCUGGACACCGGAAUUGAUGUUGCAAGCACAGAGGAGAAAUUGCGCACUUACGAGGAACUGAACAAACAACUGAUCAUGGCGAAUAUCAAGCGGAACCGCCAGGAUUUGGACAGUUUCGAGCAGCGACAGAAGUUCGAAAAAGAGAUGAAACUGAAGAAAAGACAGUUGGAACGGCAGAUUGAAGAAGAAGAGUUCGCUAACCGAGAAUGGGCGCGCAAAGAAAUCGUGAACCAACUUUCAUCGGCAGAAGACCCGGAAGACGUGAUAGCGCACGUCAAAAAGACCGUGAAGCUGAAAAAAUCGUCUGCAAGACGUAAAUUGGAAGAGCUCAACAAGGUGCUAAAAAGUAAUCCUUACAUGACAGUAUCUAACGGGCUGAUGAAGAAAAAAGAUGUGGUACCUUUCACACCGUUCAAUGGAGAUAGAGAUCUACACAAGCGGUACGUGCUAGCCGAGUCCCAGUACGAUGAUCCCUUUAUCAAGUCGUUGCAAACCAAGAAAGAGUACAUUGCCUCCGGAUUCAGGGCAGAUCUCGUGUACGAUCGCAUGUUGACCGAGGCUUUCAUGGGGCUAGGCUGCAUUAUCUCCGAGGAGAUGCAGCUGAGCAGUGUUUCUGGAUGA